GUCGUUGCAGCGGGCAUGGGGAACCAGGUGGAGAAGCUGACCCAUCUGAGCUACAAGGAAGUUCCCACGGCCGACCCGACAGGUAUGGACAGAGAUGAAGGACCCAGGAUCGGGGUCUCCUACAUCUUUUCGAACGACGACGAUGAGCUGGAGCAGCAGCAGGAUUCGGUGCACGACCCGGGGGGUGAGCACCCUGCCCUGCAGCCCUACGAUCCCCAGUUACACGAGGUGGAGUGCUCGGUCUAUUACCGGGAUGAGUGCAUUUACCAGAAGAGCUUUUCCGAGGAGGACACGCUGCCGGACGAGGGCGAUGAAGGAGGCGGGGGGCAUCUGAGCACUUACACCCCGGAGAACCUGCUGAAUAGGUGCAAACCGGGUGACCUGGUGGAGUUUGUGUGCCAGGCCCAGUAUCCCCACUGGGUGGUCUACGUCGGGGAUUUUCAAGUCGUGCCCCUGCAUCGGCUGGAGGUGGUGAACAGCUUCCUCACCGACGCGAGCCAGGGCAGACGGGGCCGCAUUGCCAACCGGCUGUACCGCUACAAACCCCUCAGCCCGGCCGUGGUGGUGCGCAAUGCCCUGGAGCAGGUGGGUUGCAAGGACCGGGACCUGAGCUGGAGAAACUCGGAAUGUUUCGCUGCCUGGUGCCGGUUCGGCAAGCGAGAGUUUAAAAUCGGCGGGGAGCUGCGCAUCGGCAAGCAGCCCUACCGAUUGCAGAUCCGGCUGGGUGACAAGCGCAGCCACACGCUGGAGUUUCAGAGCCUGGAGGAUCUGAUUAUGGAGAAGAGGAGAAAUGACCAGAUUGGUAGGGCUGCUGUGAUCCAGGAGCUCUCCAGCCACCUGCAGGCUGCAGAGGAGGAUGAAGAGGAGGAGGAAGACCAUCAUCAUCAUCCAGGUGCUCGGACUGCUGUGGAGUAG